AUGAAGUGCAAGACAAACCAACUCAUUCGCAAACCGCUCGGCAACAUCAGUUCUACCUUCGAAUACCAGCGAGACAUACUCAAAAUGUCGACUUAUAAAGAGGACCCCUAUGCGGAUGAGAUCCUGCAGCUACUCAGCUUUCCCGAGGAACAGAUGCCUUCUCAUCAGAUCGACCCAAUGAUGUUACUCUCGCAGCCUGUCGUUGAAACUCCCUCGGACUCGACUGUCAAAAUGAAAGCCAGCAACCCCAGCACCACUGAAUCGACUCAUUGCGUACCAAACAAAUCGAACCACUCGGAUCAGAAUGUCAACGCAGUCACAGCUGAAACUUCCACAGACAAAGCGGUCCAAAACUUGUUCCUCGUCAUCUCCGCUCGGAUUCAUACCUUGGAGCUGAUUUCAAACUGGAUUCAUCAGAAUCAAGCGGCCCAAGCCGAAAAGAUAACGAAACUGGAUGGUAAACUGGCUGUGAUCAUGGAAACGGUGAACCAAAUCAGCAACGAUGUUCAGGCUCAGGGAUCUCUUUGCCAGUACUGCGGAUCAUCUGACCUCGAUGAAGAUAUGAGCGAAGAGGAUAUCAGCGAUCUGGAUCUGGGUCCCUCAGGCUUCACGUGGUGA